ACAACUCAGUAGUUAUACAUUAUUUGUUUGACUCUUUCGCUACGAUUGGGAUCAGAACUCGGGCGAGUCCGUCCCUGUAGUUCUAGCGCAACACCAGUCUUUUUACAGCCGUUCACCAAAGAAGUUCCAACUCCUUCCCCUCAGGAAUCCCCUCGUCGAAAAUGUUUCCUAAAACUUCAAUUGUUUCCUUAAAAUCAUCUUUGAAUGUUAGAUUUUCAACUUCUUUCAUUCCUUCUUCACUAAAAUCACUCAAUCGCACCUCUGCUAUCAAACACCAAUCUGAACUUGAUACUUUCCUCUAUGUAAACUGCAAGUCAGGUAACUUUUCUCUUGAUGAAGCUCUUGAUUCCUUCGAUUACAUGAUUCAUAUGGACCCCACUCCUGGUAUGUCAUCAUUCAGUGUUUUGUUUUCUGCACUUGUUAAGAAAAAAUAUUAUGAUGAAUUUCUUGUGCUAUACACGAGGUUCGUUUCAGCUGGGUUUUCGCCUAAUUUGAUUACUUUGAACAUUUUUAUUAAUUGCUUAUGCAAAAUGUCCCAGGUUUCUGAUGGUUUUGUUGUUUUUGGGAGUAUUUUUAGGAGGGGUUUUUACCCUAACGUUGUGACUUUUACUUGUCUGAUUAAUGGUCUUUGUAUGGAGGGCAAGAUUAAGAAGGCGAUUGAACUGUUUAGGAAAAUGGUUUCUGUUGGUUGUGCACCUAAUGAGUUUACAGUUGGGAUUUUGCUUACUGGAUUGUGUAGAACUGGUAAUGUCGCGGUUGCCCUUCAGUUAUUUGAAGAAAUGAACAACGGGAAAUUCGGUAUCAUUUGUAAGCCUACUGCUGUUACUUAUAAUAGUAUUAUAGAUGGUCUUUGCAAAUAUGGGUUAGUAGACAAGGCGAAGAAGCUGUUUUCAGAAAUGAAUGCCAAGGGCAUUAAUCCAGACACGAUUACUUAUACCACUUUAAUUCAUGGUUUGUGUAAUACAUCUAAUUGGGAGGAGGCUAAAACAUUGUUUAUAGAGAUGUUGGACAAAAGCGUAAAGCCUGAUGUGGUGACGUUUACUGUGGUAAUUGAUGAACUUUGUAAGAAUGGGAAGAUUGAUGAAGCUAAUGGGUUGCUCCACCUAAUGAUUGACAGAGAUGUUCAUCCCAACACAAAAACUUAUAAUGCAAUUUUAAGUGGUUACUGCCUAGCAGGCAGAAUUAAGGAUGCAAGAAAGCUAUUUGAUUCCAUGGCAAGUAAGGGGUGUAUGCCUGAUGUUUUAAGCUACAAUAUUUUGAUAGAUGGUUUAUGCUUGGUAAAUAAAAUUGAUGAUGCUAGGAAAUUGUUUGCUUCAAUGUUGAGUAAAGGAUGCACACCUAAUGUAGUUAACUACAAUACUCUGAUAAAUUGGUAUUGCAAGAAACAAAAAGUUGAUGAAGCUAUUUGUCUUUAUAAGGAAAUGUCCUCAAAGGGAAUUAGACCAACAAUAGUUACUUAUACCACCUUGCUAAAUGGUCUUUUCAUGUAUGGUAAAGUCGAGCAUGCAAAAAAACUAUUUGGUGAGAUGCAACAUAGUAAUGUUCCUCCUGAUUUAUUUACGUAUAAUGUUCUUAUUAAUGGGUUUUGCAAAAAUGGUUACGUAUCGGAGGCUGUUGAACUGUUUCAUACUUUAAGAAACACAAACAUUCAACCUGACAUCAGAACUUUCAGUUGUCUCAUUGAUGGGUUGUGCAAAACAGGGAGACUCAAUAUUGCUUGGGAACUAUUUAACAGAUUGCGGAAUAAAGGCCUUGUUCCAAAUGUUGUGAUGUAUAACAUUAUGAUGCAUGGACUUUGUAAAGAAGGGAAGUUAGAAAUAGCGAGCAAUUUGUUAUCAGAUAUGGAGCAAAAUGGUUGUUCUCCAAAUUUGGUGAAUUUUAAUACGCUUAUGUCUGGUUUCUUGCAGAAUAAUGAGACUCCAAAAGUGGUUGAACUUCUUCACAAAAUGAAAGAGAGAAAUAUGAAGCCAGAUGCAUCCAUAGCUUCAAUUAUUGUAGAUUUACUGAAAAAGGAUGAAAAUUAUCGUGAAGUCCUGAAUUUGCUACCCUCAUUCUCAGCGCAAGAACCAACAGAACGUUGAUUGCCAAGUAUAUGCAUUUCUAGAGGAGUACAACUUAUUAUGAGAGCCUUGCCAAACGUCAAAGUUUACAUGUACAGAUGUUCUUGGGGUAAGGAUACCCGUUCAUGGCAUGCCGCAUCAACCAAAAGGGAUAAAGUGCCAUAUUAUGAUCUCAAAGAGUUAAAGAGAGAGUUUGGGUUUGAUUGAUGGUGUUUUUCAAAAAAGCUCCAACAAAGCCAGGUGAGAAAAAAAAAAAAGAGAAGAAGGGCACUUCAUCAUCGUUGAAACUGCAAGCAAGGAGAUACAGUAAGUAGGACCUUCUUUAUAUUCUUGUUCAUGUCAAUCUAGCAAUAGACUGAGGUUUUUCUCUUCCAAACUAGGGUGGAUUGUUGAUUGGAUAGUUAAGUUAUGAAGGAGAGUAAUUAUGCACAAGUAUUAUAUAAGUUUUAUAGUUUGAUAAAUAUGAUAUUCGUAUGUGUUUGA